AUGCCUCGAGAAGCUGAGCCAUCUCUCUCAGAAAAGACCUUUGUCACCCAAGCUCUCGAAGAGGGCUUACGGGUAGAUGGGCGCAAAUUCGACCAGUUCCGAUCGCUGGAACUCACCUUUGGGGAUGAGUAUGGCGUAGCUGAGGUCAAGUUUGGAAAGACGAGGGUAUUGGCCAAGGUCUCGGCCGAAGUCACGGUGCCAUAUACGGACCGACCUUUUGAUGGAGUCUUCACAAUCGCUUCAGAACUCAGCCCAAUGAUCGCCCCUUCUUACGAAGUCAACCGCCCGUCUAUGGAGGAAGUGCUUCUGUCCAGGCUGCUUGAGAAGACAAUUCGCAGAUCCGGUGCCCUGGACACCGAGUCACUAUGUUUAAUCGCAGGCCAGAAGUGCUGGUCCAUCAGAGUCGACCUCCACGUCCUCACCCACGACGGAAACCUGACUGACUGCGCCUGUCUGGCCGUCAUCGCUGCCCUUCGACAUUUCCGAAAACCCGACUCUAGCAUCGAGGGAGAGACGCUCACGAUUUACACAUCCGCUGAACGAGAGCCCGUGCCUCUGAGCUGGCUGCACUCACCCUUCUGUGUGACAUUCAGCUUCUUUGGCGAGGAGGGCGAACAGGUCCUCGUGGACACGACUUGGCUGGAGGAGCAGCUGCGAGUGAGCACAUGCACGUACAGCAUCAACAGGCACGGCGAGAUCUGCCAGAUCGCCAAGUUCGGAGGCGCCGCCCUGGAUGCGCCGCUGUUUAUCCAGUGCGCAACUGGGGCGCUGAACAGGUCCAAGGAGCUCACGGACCUGGUUGAGCGGAAACUGGCAGAGGAUGCGAAGCGGAGAGACAAGGGGGGACUCGUGGCGGAACUGACGGCGGAAAACGACAGGUGA